AUGGCUUCGCCGUCGCUGCUGCUACCUUUCGAGUUGGUAGAAGAGAUACUUUACAAGAUUCCGGUGAUAUAUGAUUUCUAUUGGAAUCUUCAUCCAAUUCACCAAAACGUGCCUAUGAAUGGAAACAUGUACUGGGUUGCUUAUAGGAUGAACACCGAGGCAGGAAUCUUCAUCCAAAGUUUUGAUUUUUCCACAGAGACGUUCAAGCCCAUAUGCUGCAACGUCCCCAUUGCAACCGGUCGGUUUCAUGUGAUUAAUAAUGAUCACGCAGUCUUAUUCUCAGGUUUCAAAGGAGAUAGGCUUUCUUUAUUACAUCAGCUUCGUAAACAUGGUGGCAUUGAGGUGUGGGUUACAAACAAGGUGACCGAUGAGGUUGUCUCGUGGAGCAAGUGUUUUAACGUGACUCGCCCUGGUCUCCCUGUAUUAGAGUCCAAAUUCCAACGCACUUUGCUGACAUACUUUAUCCACAACAAGACCAAUAAUAUCAUGUUGUGGUGCGAGGAAGAAGAUGCCAAGGGGAGAUACGUCAACAUUUAUGAGAUUAGCAUUUUACUGAUGGUCUUUCUAACCGUUGCUAUGUUUAUGCUCCAAGUCUGGUCCCGGUCCCAUAGUCACAGCAAGAGUGUGUGUGUGUGUAUAUACACAUAA